AUGCGUAUUCGUCCUAGCGAAAUUGUUUUAUGUGAUAGUUAUCCUAAGAUGGAGAGUCACGAUAUUUGGCAGCAUGUUGAUAGUAGAAAAUAUAUUAUUUCCUAUGAACCUUCAAAUUCUUUUGAUUCUAAACUGCCUCAGAGUUGGAUGUCCGAUUCACAAAUUGAUUACGAUGUUAAUCAAAUUUUUUCUUCUGAUGAAUUAAAAGCUAGUGCUGCGUUAAUAUCUUAUAUUAAUAAAAAUUUGCUUGGACGUACAUUAAAAAUUCAACCACCAAUAAGUAUUAAUUUGAAUGAUACAAUGAUUAUUGAUGCGACAACUUUAAGGUCAUUGGAAAUUACGAUAUCAAUGAGAGAUAACACAAAGAAAGGAAGUUUACUGCACGCCAUUCGACGUACAAAGACAGCAUCUGGUGCAAGGACGUUAGACCGGUGGUUAUGUUUCCCAACGACAUCAAUAAAUAUAAUAAAUAAUCGUUUAAACCUUGUUGAAUAUUUUUGUAAAAAUACACAUCUUACAA